CGGAUGCGUUGUGCCGUGUGUGUGUGUGUGUUUUGGCUGGAUGUGGUGUGAUGCAAUCUCGCAUUUUCCCAUUCGAAGAGAUUUUGGGCUGAACUGCAUAAAACCACAGCAAAAUAGCAGGCCUAAUCGUUUUAGUCAUCUGAUAUCACUGGAAUCAGUGUCAUUGGAAAGUGAUCGGCUUACACAAUCCGAGCUCUACUCAAAACACUACAAUAGACCGAACAUAGAACUCUUCUGGCGUGUGUGUGUUGCAAAGGACGAAGCGCAGCCUGUCGGACAAAGCUUUCACAUCGUACCAAAGAAACAUCCACGAUUGUAACAUCCAGCAGAAACAGCAACAGUAAGGCCAACACAACAUACACGAAAAAAUCACGCAUAUCCUGGACGGUUAAAAAUAUCCACCAGAACCAGCAGCAGCAUCGUCAUUGACUACUUCGAUUCGUGGAGUAGUAGCGUGCAAAAGCUUUCGCACACAAGUCAAACCGAUCAACACCGCUCGGCUGUCAAGCAUUGGCCUUUUUCCUAUUGCCAUCAAGUAAGUUUUCCACGGGCAGAGUCAACGUACACAUCUUCGGUUUCGGCUGACGCGUACCGAGUGCCGGGUAAAGAAAACUUGCGUCCGUAGUGACUGUACUUCUCUGGUGGUGGUGGUGGUUGCAGCAGUGUGCAGUGGGAUAAAAGCAGGAGGGGAACCAUUAGGCCAGUGUCGGUUGGUUGGUGGUGGUUGUAGUGGUUUUCUGAGCCUAAUAUGACGCUUGCUGAAAUGUACUCUUUCUCGACCAGUAAAUCCGGUGCGAGUGCGAACGGUAGCGGCAGUUCGCUAGUUUCGUCGACGACUUCGUCUUCCGGUGGAUCUUCGGCAGUGUCGGCUGCAUCGGUGGUCGUCGGAGAGGUGCCGGUUUCCUCUACGUCCGCUUCGGCCGCACCGUCCACUGUGCAAUCGAUGGUUGUUUCGGUGGCAGCAGCUGCUUCGCCGGAGUUGGUUGCCGCUGGGGUAGCAGUGGAGCGAACGGCAUCCGGUGUGUCGGCGGUACCAAGUGCGGUCACUUCUACGACGCACGCGAACGCGUCUGCUGGUACGAUUUUGCAGCAAACGCCACCAAGCGGUGCUGUAUCGGUGUCUCCCCGUUCGGAGCAACUUGUGCCGAAGUUGGUCGGAGGCCCAUCGCCGAACAGCAGUAGCAGCGUUUGCAGCAACGGUAGCAGCACCAGCAGCAGCGGCAGCGGCAUGUUCCCGGAGGUCUUCAAGCUGGAGGAUAUGCUGGAUUUGGAGAACGUGGGCAAUGGGGCGCUGAGCGAGAAUGGGAGUACCGGUGGCGACUUCCAGCUCGACAACGGUUCCCUCUCCGAUUUGAUGGAACAGGAUUGCACCCUAUGCAAGAACAAAUUCACUUCACCACGUGUGCUGUCCUGUUUGCAUGUGUUUUGCGAAAGCUGUCUCGAUAAGCUGCUGAGCGACGGUUCCAGUGACAAGAACCUUGAGGGCGGAAUUGGAAAUACGAUUGUUUGCACCAUCUGCAAACAGACCACUCCGAUCGGUCCGAAGGGUGCAGCUGGCUUGCAUCAGGAUUACAUUUUGAGCAACGUGCUGGAUUUGUCUACGAUUGAGCCGGCGCUGCUGGCGUGCACCUCGUGCAAGAGCAAGGAAAUGGCCAUCUCGCGCUGCAACGACUGUGCCAACUUUCUGUGCGACAGUUGCGAGUAUGCGCAUCAGCAUAUGCGCUGCUUCGAGGACCACAAGGUCGUGCAGCUGGAAGAUUUGCGCAAGUCGUCGGAAAAGGUGGCCAUCCACAAACCGCUCUACUGCUCGGUGCACGCGACGGAAAAUUUGAAGUACUACUGCUUCAACUGCUCCACACCGGUCUGCAACGAGUGCCUGAUCGGCGAGCACAAAGGGAACGAUCACAACUACCAUAUCAUCAGCGAGGCCGAAAAGCCAAUGCGGCAGGAGCUGGAGUGCUCGAUGCGGGAGGCGAAAUCCAAGAUCGAGUGCUGCAAUCAGGCGACCACCAAGCUGGAAUCGUCGCUGCACGACCUGCAGAGCCAGUACGAGACGGCACGCGGGCUUAUCAACGAGUCAUUCCAGAGCUUUAAGGCGGUGCUCGAACAGUGCCGGGAGAAUGCGUUGAAAAAUCUGGAAAAGCUGCAUUCCGAGCGUGAGUUGAAAAUCAUGGACAUGUACGAGAAUGUUGCGAAGUCCGUGGAGAAAAUCGAAGUCGCCACCAGGUACGCCCGGAAGGUGCUGGAUCAGGCCAAUGGGCCGGAACUGUUGAGCCUGAAGAGCAUGAUCUGCGCCCAGCUGAACCAGGUGAUGGGCACCGCGCCGAAGGGGGACGCAAAGUUUUCGAUCGAAUUCCACAGCAACUACGAGAAGUUUGAACAGCUCGUACCGGACCUGUUUGGCAAAUUCCGUACCGAAUCAUGUCUGCCGGCCAGUAUGAACGAAACCACCCCAUCACCUACGCUUCCCGGCGUACCGAUCAUGGUGUCCGAUGCGCAUCAUCAGCCAGCGAGCGGGAGCUGCGGACUGAGUCAGGGUCCGCUGACCGCUUCGGUAACGGCUAGCAGCCCCAUUUCGUUGCCCACCUCGAUGCAAUCCUCGUUCGACGGCGACAUUUCGACCCUGGGCACCACUUACAUGCUGCCGAACGUUCUGACGCCGGAACCGGUGGCUGGUGCGGGUACGAUUUCCGGCGCUUCGAAUCCACUCAGUGGCGGCGCACCAUCACCGAACGUCGUCGUUGGUGCAGGCCCACCAACCCUGCCCGGACUGUCGAGCAUUGCCGAGUAUAAUCUACACCGGUUGGCAAAUCUGGCCGGUGAAACGUCUGCGAACGAUAUGACCGACUCGAUCGUACCGGUUGUCAACAGCAGUCCCGCAACGGGACCGGCCGCAGGCGCAACGCCAAACUUUACGCUCGCCGAUCUGAUCUCCGGCAAUCAGCACGCUAUACAGGCGCUCGCCAAAUACUCGAUGGGCGGUCAGGACAUGGCCGGCAACGGUUCGAUGCUGACGCCCCAUCCCAGCCUGGACAGUGUGCCGAUGAUGAACGAUUUCCCUGGCGUGUUGCCGGGCUCGACAUCUUCUAUCCUGCCCGUUCCACCGAACAUGUCGAAUAUCGAUGGUGCCGGCAUGAACGGUGCCGGCGGCGACAUGGCUAUGAGUCGCUUCCAGCCGUCGGUGUGUGUGAAUGGGCGUACGAAGGCCACGCCGAUGCAGAUUCGUACCAAGUUCGGUUCUCUCGGGCAAACGAAGGGACAGUUCAACUCGCCGCACGGCUUCUGCUUGGGCGUGGACGAGGAAAUCGUUGUGGCCGAUACGAACAAUCAUCGCAUCGAGAUAUUCGAAAAGAAUGGCACGUUCAAGUUCUCGUUCGGCGUACCGGGCAAGGAGGAGGGUCAACUGUUUUAUCCGCGCAAGGUGGCCGUCAUGCGCACCAGCGCCAAGUUUGUCGUGUGCGACCGAGGCAACGAGCGUUCGCGGAUGCAAAUCUUUUCCAAAAACGGCCACUUCAUCAAGAAGAUCGCUAUCAGAUACAUUGACAUUGUGGCUGGAUUGGCGGUUACGAACAAGGGAUUGAUUGUAGCGGUGGACAGUGUCUCGCCGACCGUGUUCAUCAUAUGCGAGGACGGCAAUCUGAUACACUGGUUCGACUGUAGCGACUUCAUGCGCGAACCUUCCGAUAUCGCUAUAAAUGGAACGGAUUUUUUCGUGUGCGAUUUCAAGGGACACUGCGUGGCUGUAUUCGGAGAAGAUGGCACGUUCAAGUAUCGUAUCGGCAGUGAAAAAAUUACCUGCUUUCCGAACGGUAUCGAUAUAUCUGAUGCUGGUGAUGUGCUCAUCGGCGAUUCACAUGGUAACCGCUUCCAUGUGGCCUGCUAUUCGAAGGAUGGACAUUUGCAGUCGGAGUUUGAAUGUCCGUAUGUUAAGGUAUCCCGUUGCUGUGGACUGAAAAUCACCUCGGAAGGAUAUGUGGUAACUUUAGCCAAAAAUAAUCAUCAUGUCCUUGUCCUGAACACACUCUACAUUCAGUGAUCAAUAGCGGGCGCGAGAAUUUUAAAGCCUAAUUAUUAAGGCACAUCCUGCACACUCCUUUUCUCUCCCACCAACGUUGAUCCUGGUGCACGUUAGUCCUUCGCUUGCACACGUGCGUGAGUAUUCUAGCUAUGAUUUCUUAUGACAUUCAUCAUCUCUCGUCGCGCAUCUAUCAAUGAGUGUAAAAGCGGUGUGUUGAACAAGUUCGACGUUCGUACGACACAUACCAACAGCGAUGGGACACACAAGCCAUCCAAGUCCUCCACCAGCAAACUGUUUACGAGAUAGAGAGAAAAAAACGAGAUAGAUUCAUCGAGCUUUCGGGGCAUGAUUUUUGUGUCGCGUUAUUGCUUAUAGUACGUUGUCGAACAAGCGAUUGAUUCGCGCGAUUAGGAGCAAACUAAUUACCAAUUAACCAGAAUUAUGCUCCCCCCCCUCCAAUAUGCAACAAAAGCAAGUGCUUUUCUUCGUUCAACCGAUGAAUGGAUGAUAUUAUUAAUUUUGUAGAUGGGGUAGCAAGCAAGGUAGCAAGGAUUAUCAUUAUUUUAAUUGUUUGUGUUCACCGUAGGUAACGUUUUGCACGAUUGCGCAAUCGAUCUAUUAUAUUAUUCGAUAUUUAUUAUUUGAAGAUGACAAACAAUACAUGAUCUCUGUUUUUGUGUUUUACAUCUACGUAGUGAGACAUUCGGUAAAAGCCAGGCCAUUAGCAGUUUUAAUAGCCGCGCGUAUUUGGUGAAACGAACGCGUACUACUACUGUGGGGUUUCCUAAGAUUAUAAGAACCGCCUCAACUAUAUCUAUAUUUACAGCGUGAACUAUGUGUAGCAGAACAGAAUAUUAUGGCCCCGGCAUAGGUCGGAUGUAGUGUGCACCGUUGGUUUCGGUGACGACCAUCCAACAAAAAAAAACACAACGAGCGUGCAUUAUUACACCCCAACAAAAAAACAAACAAUAGUUCGCGGUUUUAUGCGUCCAAAAAGUAUAUCUCUACAUCUUAUUAACCAUACCGGUACAAAAGGAAUUACACUUUUGGGGCAAGUCCACCAGCGCAUUCAUACAGCGGCAUUGCUGUUGUAAAUAGUACUGAAGUCUUUUUCACCUGUCUUGGUAUUUUAUCUCAGAUUCGACUUAAUGCAAUCCUUUGCGGGACACAUACACAUGCGAAAGCAAGGCGCAGGGAGACAAAACUGUUUCCAACACCGUAGCAAAACGAAAAUGGUAAAUCAGGAUUGUAAAUUUAAAGCAUGUUCAACAUGCCAUAAGAACCCCACAAAGGGUGGACCCGAUAAAGGGCAUGGUGGUUGCGAAAUGCGAAGCUCGGAUAACAGGACAGAUGAGCGGGAUUUUCAAAGUAUUGGAAAAGUCAAAUGUGUUACUAUCGAUAUAUAUAUAUUUUUUGAAUGAAAAAUUACAAACCACAACACAUACGGAUGGAAACGAAAACAAGCGCUAAUCAAGACGAAUGUGCGCAAGAGAGUGAGAGAAUCGAGAAAUUGAAUUGCUAACAUCUUUUUUACACUAUUUGGCCCAACAGUCUAAGCAGCAAUACAAUUUUCCCGAUUGCCGGUUAGUAAAAACAAAACAAAAACAUUUUAAUCAGACGGUGGCGCACUGCACUGCACUACAAAGUGUCCGGCAGGAGAGAAACGGGGGGUAUCCCAGCACGGCUUUACGAAGCGAGAAUAUCGUUCCUCCUUUAUUUUAGUAUUUACUGUUUUAACAAACCGUGAACCGAUUACGUUGUUGGCAGAUAUUUUUGUCCCCCUAAUUUUUCCUGAUCCAAGUUCCAUGUUUUUUUAUUUUCGUCUAGUUUACAUACAUUGCCUUUGCAAUAAUGUUAAGAUUUAAGGUAUGGCGUUGUUUUAUCGUCAUUAGGUUAGGUUAAGAAAAACACCACUCACCUUUUGUUUUUAUUGCAUCCGGGGAUGUUUUUUUUGUUGUUUAUUGAUACAGAAAGACAUUUUUGUGAUUUUUUUUGCGUAGUUCGGUAAUGAUUUUUAUUUGCUGUGCUCGAAACCGAUAGAGUCGCGCUCGAUUGAUCGUUCGAACACCACAGCAGGUCCACCAGUAAACAAUGUAUUUCUCUAUUCGAUAGAUUUUUUCUUUUUGUUCCCACCAAACCCUAACCGCAAAUCGAGACUAAAAACACCUGUCUGUGAAAUUGUAUCCGGUCUCUAUGGUUUGAGUUUUUAAACUUGCUAGCAGUAUUUAUUUGUAACUUUUUUUUAAACCGUGUAUUGCUUUGUUGUUGUUGCAAGCGGUGGUGAAGGUUCUACGCUUCUCACUGUGAAUGAUUGAUAAUAUUUACCUUUAUGUAGGUAUAUAGUAAGUCAUUCAAAGAGAACCAUUUGUCUUGCUGUGGAAAGCGUGGAGAAGCCUGUAUCGCCCGUACAAAGGCUCAACUGACAAUUCAACGCAACAACUAUAUUUGAUACAUUUUUUUUAAAUGAUAGUCUCUAUUCCUUUAGCACUUUUCGGAUGUCUCUUGGUUUAACGAUAGAUUAAGCUUAUUCUGUUGAUCAACUGGCUUUAAGCUUUGCUUUCCCCUCUAGCGUGUCAUGGAUAGAUCAACGUUUUUCGCGAUUUUAAAUUCAUCAUGUUGGUAACCGUUUUGGGAAGUAUUGCCCCGGUACCUCAUUUUCGAGCAGCAAUGUCUUCGUUCAUUGCUUGCCUUUUAUUGCGUGAGAACGCGAGCAAAAUGGCACACCUCUUGCUGAACGUGUGCUGGCGGCGGACGUUCAUCUAUGUAACGGAUCGCCCCCCUUUAAAGCAAACUUCAAAAUUUUAUGCAAAUUUGUAAUUUAGGAUAGAUUUAGGACGGAUCGAUCAUCAGGUUGUAAACAGUCUGAAGCAGACAAAUUUUAUAAUUUAUAUGAAUUUAUAUUUAUGCAGACUUUACUGGCGUAUAUUCUAUAGGGGUAGAAGCGCACAGGAUUCAAUUUUGGAUAAAAUUAUUUAAUACUUUUACAUAAGGGAACCAAACUUUAAAAUUUUGACACAUUGUUCUAUUUUUGUUUCCUUUCUUCCUGCGAAUCUCGCUUUAAAAUUAUAUUUACGCAUUUUUUAAGCUAAGUUUUUAUGCCUUUUUACAUGUGAGUUUUUCUGUGUUGCAAUCGAAUCUCGAAGAGGGUAUUUUUUGUGUUCAAUGUUGCUAAACAAAAAAAUCGAAACGAAGUCCAUUAUCUCGUCCCAAACAUCGAAGCGAUGUUGGAAAGCAAUAUUUAGAUGCCAUAUUUUAAUUUUGUUUGUUUGUUUUUCUUUCUUCACGCCGGGCAGUAGUGUGAGCACAGCAGAUUUUAGUUGUUUCGUUUUGAAAGUAUGUUGUGUUACGGUUAUUGGUUUCACACCGAUUGUUUCACUAAAUUUACUCAAUGUUCGUCACAAUUAUUUCCAUUCGGUAACGCUUGCUCAGUUUGAGAUUGUUCGAGGAUAUUUAUUGAGCCACACGUUUGUGUGUGCAGUUUUGCAGUGUUUCCGGUGAAUGGAUAUUAUUAAGCAUGUUUAAAAACAAAACCUACCGUUCAAAAGACAUGUUGUAUUGGCUAAACAGUGUAGCAAAAAACCCAAAAAAGGCAAUUAAACGUUAUCGUACAUUUUAUAUAGAUAGCCAACAAUGAAUUCAAUGGCUUCCGGUAACAAUCUAGAAAAGCAUUUUUCAAGACUUUAAACAAAAGAAAACAAAAGUUUACCUAAAAAAAUAGCGAUUGAGAGAAGGGAAAUGGCACACGAUUGCAAAAAGAAAUAAGUGUAAAACAAAAUCCCCCCCCCUCCCCAUUUUUCCAAUAAGGUAUAGAAAAAAUCGAAUCCAAAGCAAAAUAUUUUAUAAUUGAAACAAAAUAUUUUUUGCCUUACAUUUUACAUUUAUACAUCUAUUAAUAGAAAUAUGGCAACGAUUUUAGAACUGGCCGAACGCGGUGGACGGCCAUCUUAGAGCGUUCUAAGUUAUUUGUAGCGGAUGGCAGAAGGGGAAAAUGCGAUUCCGAAAAUGUACUACCACUACCCGCACACUAUACCGUACGAUACUAUCAAAUGGCAGUAAGAUAUUUUAAAUUUUACUUUAUUGAAAUGAUGGAAGAAAAAGGCGGUACAGAUAACGUUUAAGGCGUUUCGUUUUUGUUUUGCUAAAAAAUAGAUAUUACAACAUGAAGCAUUUUCUGUUAAAGUCCAGUCCAUAUUCAAGUCCAGAUUCAUGGCUAAGGUAGAAUGAAUCGAUAGCAAAACCAGGCAAGGAAAUUAGAACUCCGAUAGGAAAAGAAUUAUUCAUAAUCAAGUAAACUAAUAUAGGAACGUUCACACAUCCCACGGAUACACUAGAACUAAAAGCGCGUUUAAAGUUCCUUCUCAAAUCAAUAAACUGAUCGUUCUAUGUGUGUGUGUGUGAUUCUAAGAAAAAAAAUACGAAAAAGAAAUAUAUUUUCUCACAAUCAAAGAAUCAUCCUGCUGUGCGAGCCGGGUGUUUCUUCUGUGACGGUCUUACUUUCCGUGGAACCCGUGGAGAAAUCUUUUCAACAAUCACCGAUGGCGGUGGUGUUGUACACUCUGCAGUACUAAAGCAGUUCCUUAGCAGUUUUUUUGCAGUUAUAGUUAUAUAGAUUUAGUGUAGGGUUUUACGGCACAAAAACAAAAACAAACAAAAGCUGAAAUUUGAUACGCUUUUACAGUUAUGAAUUAAACACGCUUUUGUUUUUACGCUUAGCCGGUUUGUUUUAUUCAGAUUAGAUUAGCAUGAUUGACUACCACCACCUUCCUAGAAUAAUGAAUUUUAUUGGUCAGCUUAUUUUAGUUGUUUUAUUUUUUAUUUUUUCAAAUAACUUUGUGUGUGUUUUUUUUUAUUGAAUUGUAACAAGAUUUUUUCUGUAUCAUUAAAUGAAACAAAAAACACUAGGGAGAAUGUAUUUAUAAACGUAUUCUUCAGCCUUCGUUUCGUGGAUUAGGCAUCCUUUAUUUGUUGCAGUACAGCAGGGAAAGUGAUCAAUUAAAGUUAUAUCUCUACACUUUCAGCUGAUACACGUGAUAAGCUGUUUCAAACAGGUUUCUUUAAUCAGGAACAAAGUUUUCAAAAAUAAUUUACGGUAGGGUACUUUUUUUCUUAAAGAACUUUAGUGAAACAGUAGAAGAAAAAAACAAAACACAAUUUGGCAUCGAAAACCUCGAUUUGUGUUUCCAACCGUUGAUUCACCAACCGUUCUAUGUGCAGCUGUAGAGCAAACAUGUAUAGAGCAGGCAUACAAAAAAACACAUAUCAACAAAUUGCAAAAUCCAUUAUAUAAAGUCAAUUUUAAAUGAAAAUAUAACUACAAGUAAUUUGCCAAAACUGGAUGUGGAGGGGGGCAAGUAUAUUGGACUUGAACAAAACAAAAUCACUCACGCAAAUUUAAUCAGUUUUCACUUGUUCAGUUGAGCUUCUACUUCAAUCAAAUUCAUAAUGGUGUGUUUUUCUUUAGCAAAACAAAAAAUCGCGCCAAACCUUGCUCAGAGCGCGCGCCGCCAGAUAUUAGACGAGAUUAUAGUUGGAUAGCGCAAGAUAACAAAUCGUAAAAUAUUUUUGUGAGCACACCCUGCCAUUUGGUGGUCUGAAAUCUGACAUCCCGACACGGUGUGUACCACGGUACGGUGUUUUAAGGAAAGCAGCAACAGAUAGAGACUAAUUUAACCAAGUUAGUAAACUAAAAAUAAUCAUGCAACAUAGUGCCAUCAGUAGUAAAGAGGAAAACGAAAAACAAAAACAAAAAACAACAUAUUUUAUUGCGUUAAAAAUUCCUUUUGGAAUAGUGUUACUUUCCUUUAUCGCAAUAACCGUUUUUUUUGCGUGUAACGAUGAAAGCGUUCUAUGAAUGAAAAUUAAUGUGACACUUCGAUACACACGAUAGUUUCAAGAUAAGAUUUUGAAAAACAAACCUCCUUGCAGCAAACAAAACACAGGAAACGUCCGUCACAACAGAGGUAGCGUGCGGACACGAACGACAACCAAUGUCGAAAACUUUAGAUUUUUAUUAUUUGUUUCUCGUCACCGUCACACUUUUGUUGCCGCAAAACGGAGGUGUAACCGAAAGCAAGGAAGCUCUAUCGAUGGUUGUAGAAAUGUUUCUUGUUUGAACCAAUUUUGCCCGCAGUAGAUAUUAAGCUUUUUUACGUAUUUACAUAAAAUAUAUAUAGAGAAUAGCAAAAAACGGGGGAAAAAAACAACAAAAAGGUGUGCAACAAAGGUUGAUGCAAAGUCAUGGUCAUAAAAUCCAUUCGGGGGUACAUACAUACAUAUUUUAUCUUUGCACACUGGAAAGCAAAAUACACCGGAGCAAAACUGGACAAGAAUGCCCCAAUUUUAAACAGAGCAGGAGAAGCCUUUUAAAUCACACACGGUUUUGUACUCUAUUUAACAAAACAGUUUUUAGUCGAGCUGUGUUGUAGCACACGUUUCCUUCCUUCCUUUUCAUAUUGUAUAACAGAGAUAAAUGGAAACAAAAGAUACACAAAAACGCAUUAAAGAAAUUAUGGAAUGAAUCAAGCAGAUACCAGUUUCAUUAUGUCCAAAAUAGUCUCAAUCACUUUUUGGAAAAUUUGUUCCCAUUUACACAAAUUUCCACCAAAAUGUCAGUAGAAAUUUCCACCUUUUUUUACUGCGUAUGUUGGAAGGGACACGAGUUUACGGAAAAAACAGUGCUUUAGUUUGAAAUGGCGAAAGUAUGAGCGUCGUUUUUGUUAUACUACAAACAAAUUCUAUAUACAUAUACUCUACAACAGUUCAUUGGCAUAUCUGCUACGGUCCUGUUUGGCCUAACACACAACAGAGCUGAAUUAAAGUCUAAGGAAGUCACCAUGCUUACGUUGGUCUUGGAAAGCAAACGGUUAAGAAAAUUGUGUUUAAUUUCAACACAGAAUCAAAAUUUUCUUCCAUUGCACUUGCAUUACUUUAGCGUACAUAGAAAGGGCAAUACUUCAAACUAAUGGCCAGCUAAACUUUUUUAUAUUUAUUCGGCUUCGGUCCUCGCCGUCGUCGAGUUUUCUUCUGCAGUCAAUAUGCAAAUCUCUUGUCCAACUAAUCCACACGAGACACGUAUUUCAAUAAUUUUCUCAUAUUCCUCAUACAACAAUUAAAAAAAACGGGAACGUAUUGUUCGGAACUGAAUGCAAUCUUUUAGACCUAGUAAUCAACACCUUUACACAAUUAAUUACCACACACACCCGCAAACCCACACACCCUUUUCAAACACAAAGCAUACUUCUAAAACACUAUAUGUCGAAACACAACAAAAAAUCAUGAUGAAACCAGGGAGUCCUACUAUACAUGUGUAUUACGGUGAAUACACAUUACAAUUUGUAAAGUACAGUUCUAGCUUUAAAAAAAACUUAAAAUCCAACAGCGAGUCUGCAGAAUUUUCUAUUUUUGUAGAUCGAUAUUGUGUAUAUGAAUUCAAAACAAUAUAUAUACAAAGAUACACUUGCGUUACAUCUAAACAUAUAUACUCCUUAAUCGACAACAACAAAAAAAGUAACAACCUACAGAAAGUUAUCGUCCCCCAAAACGAGAGAGAGAGAGAGAAGACCGGUGUGUGAGGUCAAUAGCCAUUUGAGCAGCAACAAAGCGUACCGAAUCUAUGUGCGGAAAUGCAGCCGAAAACUAAAACCCAAUGUUCACAAUAAUAUAUUUGAGAUCAAUUUGAUAAUAAUAUAAAUUAUACGCAAUUAAAAUACAAAAAAACGCUCACGGUUAUACAACUUUCAAACUGAAAAAAAAAACAAGUACGAUACAGUUAAAGGCAGGAAAUGGAAGGAAAGAUUAAUCUCUCGCAUGUAUCCGGCCCUUCGACUGCUAAGGAACGGCACCGAAAGUAAGAACUAUCGGAUUUUGAAACAAUACAAUCACCUAUAACCUUUUUUUAAAACUAACUGAUAACUCUUCUUCUCACAUCUUCAACCAUCUCCCAAUCACCAAAAAUGCAAAAGAGAACAAAAAAAAAACAAACGAAUAAAAUAAUAGUGCACCCAGGUACGGUGGGAGGGUAAGGUGGUGUGGUACGUACAAAGAAGGAAAACAAAAGGAAACGUCUAAAGUUACAUAUAAAAGUAAUCCUACUUAUAUGCACUUGUAUAAAAUAUUUAUAUGGAAACAAACCAGCAAACAAAAAUAGUAGACAAAUAUUUAAAUCAAUUCUAACGAUGUACUCUUCAAGUUCACAUUCUACGUUUUCUGCAAACAUACACCUAACACACAAUAAUACAUGAAACUUUUAACACUCUUGCAAAUGGAAGAAAAUGGAAAAGAUAUGACAACAACAGGAAGCAAGGCAGGACUUGUGGUGUUUUAAAUUUGAAGAAACAAACAAAAAAAAAAGCUAUUUACAUGCCUACUAUACCAUGUUAAUACGAAUUUUAGAAAUCUUCUUAUGUAUACAAGCCAGAAGCCCAAGUAAACCGGGAAGGAUAUGAAAUAGAGAGGGGAGAAUGAAGAGUAGAGUAGACUGUGUUCUAAUGAAUUACAUCACAGAACCCAAUGUUCCGGUGGUAGAGGCGACAACGGCACCGGUCUUCAUUCGACAGGACUGGGGUUCAAAUCCCAUCCGGACCCGUUCCCCCGUAGUGAACGGUAUCAAUAAGCCAGAAAUGGCAGGCAUGAGCGGACGCUAGGCCAAGAUGUGACAGAAUGAGAACCCAAUGUCCAGCUCCAAAAGCAAACAGCUACCACAGCUACCGGGCUCCUUCCCCGGCAUUAUAGCGUUUUUUGUGUCCAGUAUGUAGAGAUGCAUUUGACCACCCGGUACCCGGCCCGCCCGCCUAUGAAGUGAGGGCCGCAAUGGAAAAGUUUAUCUUAUUUACUCAGAGGCAAAUAUUUAAAACGCAAGCACGUAUAAGUGAAAUAGUCAAAAACCAUCUCUUGCCUAAUAGUUUUCAUAUUUAGCAUUAUUAUGGACCGUGGAAGAGAGUACGUUCUUGUAAGGGGAGGAGCAUAUUGCGAGCCGAAGCGUAACUAUUAUUACUGCUCGCUCACAACGCGCCACAAGCGAAACAGUCAAAGGAAGGUGUUCCUAACACGUACGCCAGCGAAGCAGAGCGUGGUGAGGCGGGUUAUUGAACGGUAAAUGUGCCAUGCCACAGGAGAAGCGAAGCGUGUGUGUGUGUGUGCGUGUGAGUGUGUGUUUUGUCUGUAUGCAUUAGGAUAAUAAUCAAUUUUUUUGCGAAGGAAAUUAGUGUUUCAAAGAAAAAAAAUUUUUUUUUCCUCCGUACUUUCGAUAGGCCUAACAAAUUCACUAUCUGUUACAUUGUCCACCACUCCCAAAAAACGAAAAAAAAAAUCGCGUUAGAAGGAAGUUCACUUUAGAAGUUGAUUUACACCAAUUAUAAUUUUGUAGCUAGCAGCAAUUCCUUUUUUUUUGGGGGGUUUGGGGGAGGUCUGUCAACGAUAAUUAACUUCUUAAGCACCCGUUUUCCCACUUUUACCGUUUUUUGGCCGUUCGCAUAGAAUAGUAGAACACGAUAGAUUGAGCCAACCAGUAGCAAAAAGGGAAACAGUUGUGAGCAAGUUUCGUAGGCAAAAAAAAAAAA